AAAUCAGUAACCAAAACAUUGCCGGCCUUAUCAAAUGAGAUAAGAGUCACACACUCUCGCUUAGCAAACACAUCGAAAAGGCUUGGCCGCGCUCUGAUUGGAUGCAGCGGGCGGCCAUCCAUUCCCGGGUACGAAGCCAACUGGCCAAAUCAACCGGCGACUCGCGCGGUUGCUAUUACGCCUGCGACUGUUGAACCAUACGCUUCGUGAUACGCGAGCGCACUCGGCAGCAGAGUAACAGUCUGCGCAAAAGCUGUUCUAGAAUUUUGAAAAACAAACCCCGAAGCAACGUUCGUUCAUCGGCAUCAUCAUCAUGAGUCUGUCUCGGUUCCGUUUGAUCACGUUCGAUGUGCACAACACGUUGCUACAGUUCCGUUCCAGUCCGGGCAAGAAAUAUGGUGAAAUUGGUGCAAUGUUUGGAAUCAACAACAACAACAACCAACUGGUGGCAAACUACGUCCAGAGCUGGCACAAAAUGAAUCGACUUCAUCCGAACUUUGGACUGAAGACUAAGAUUUCCUACAAACAAUGGUGGCAGAUGAUGAUAGACGGCAUUUUCAAUGAAAAUGGCACCCAUAACACGCCACCGGAGAAAAUCGAACAAAUGACGGAACAUUUCAUGGAGUACUUCAAAACGAGCGUGUUUUGGCAGCAUUGCUACGGAUCGGUCGAAUUCCUAAACUACUUGAAACUGCAACAGCACGUGGAGUCCAACGGCCAGAAACAGCCGCCCUUCAAGCUGGGCGUGAUUUCCAACUUCGAUCCCCGGCUGGACGUGCUGCUGAGGAAUAUGAAAAUUAAUCACUACUUCGACUUUGUGCUCAACUCGUACGACGUUGGGUACAUGAAGCCGGCCCAGGAAAUCUUUGACCGAGCCAUCAAGGCGGCCGAGAUAAAGGAUCUCAAACCUCACCAGUGUCUGCACAUUGGGGCUACCCCGGCGACGGAUUACUUCGGUGCACGGAAUGCGGGAUGGUACAGCUUGCUGGUGCACGAAAAGUCUGCCGAAGAGUUGACGCGAAAGUAUGGCCAGCUGGUGGAGGAUAAUCAUGUGUUUUCUAGUCUGUUUGAUAUCCACAAAAAGAUAUCGAAUGAUUACAUGAGAUGGUAAAUGAUAUUAGUGGCACGGCUUGUGCAAACAUUACGCUGUGUGACUAAAGUUAUGUUAAAUUGUUCAAAACG